GAACCUUCUAGAAGAACUCUCGCUGCAGGUGUCCAACAGCAGCAAUGCCUCCAUGUCUCUGGAUGCUCUGAGGUGUCCGGUGCUGCAGGUGGGACAGUACUCCCCCUGUCCUGCCCCUUGCACAACUCUUCACUGACGGGUUUGCAGAUGAGUUCAGUCUGUUGGUGCAGUUACGAAGCCCACAGCGAGACGAACGCAGCGUGCUCACCCUGCUCAGCCAUGACAGCCACAUCCUGCUGCAACUACGCAUCAGCGCAUACACACUCACCUUCAUCAGCACGCAACAGCGCCACUACGAGUUCCCGGUCAGUGGUCUGUCUGACGGCCAGUGGCACCACGUAGCUGUGAGUGUGUCAUCUGUUAGGCUGGCGCUGUAUGUGGACUGUGCCCUGGUGGAAAGUGUGGACUGGGUGUACCAGGGUAUGGGCAUCACCCCUGAAGGCCUACUAUUGUUGGGAGGGAUCAUAGAGGGCUUCGAGACACCCUUUGAGGGCCAAUUCCGACAGCUGACGUUCCUGAUGGGCGACACAGAUGCCGGCCACCAUCACUGCACUCUUCAUCCUGCCCAGUGUGGGGGGGCCGGGUUCAAGUCCCCCCGCUCCCCACGUACCAACCACGCACUGGAGAAGCUCCUGCUGUCCUCAAAUGACCUGGUGGACCUGCUAGAGAGAUCCAAGGACUCCUCUUUCUUGGAUGUGCAAGUGGGGAAGACUGAUGUGUUUGGGCAGAGUGGGAGUCGGCGUGGGGACGGGACAUGGGGUCCCCGCCAGAAAGGCUCGGUGGGACGAGGGGACGUCUUUGUGGUGGACGAGGACACAGACCUGGCUGAUCCAAACCUCCAGGGGGGACACCUCAACCCUCAGUGGAAACCCAGCAGGCAGGGCCCCAAAGGCAGCCACGAGGGCAAGCCUGAGCCCUCCUCCAAACUCUUGGAGGAGAACAUCACCACGGACAAGAAGACGAAAGACUCUGGAGGGAGGGGCGUCGGCCUGUUUCCCGCAAAACCCUUGGAUGACAUCAUUAUUGAUUUGGAUCCUGGGUCCUCCCCGAAGAAGCCCUCAGUGGAGUUUCCCCAUGUCGUUAAGACUCAGAUAGAGACCCCCCUGGACCAGGAGCACCCAGACUCUAACCUGUUGAGAGAGGAGGUGGAGUGGCCUCAGACCCCUUCUCAGACUGCCUUCGCCCCCACCUCAGAGCCCUCUGCCUCCCCUGUGGAGGCUGUAACUGAGAAGAGGAGACCCACCACACACAUCCCCACCCAGCCUGACCGGGCUAUCACUGUGGAACGAGAACCAGAACACCCACGCACAGUGACCAUCGUACACAGGGAAGGGGAUCUGGUUCUGGGCUCUGAUGGCCAGAUGUAUAGGCUCCAGAGAGGGCCCCCAGGCCGAAUGGGGCCCCCAGGAAAGGAGGGCUUUCCCGGUCACGCUGGCUUACGUGGGUUUAAAGGUGACAGGGGCCAGCUGGGGCCUGAGGGGCGUGCAGGGCGACAGGGGGAUCCAGGCCCCCCCGGCCCACCUGGUCUGCCGUCCUUCUACCUGUGGAAGAACACUAUUGAGGAGUGGGCUGCUUUUCGGCAAACCUCUUUCUACCAUUUGCUCUAUGCUGGCUGGCCUAGGGAGCAGGGACCCCCAGGACCAGCUGGGGAGAUGGGAAAGACAGGCCCACAGGGGCCAACAGGGGAUCCUGGCCAACAAGGGCCUCCAGGAAUAAUUGCAGAAAUGGGUGAGCCGGGCCCAAAGGGCGUGGCGGGCAGACCAGGGCUCCAUGGGAAAUAUGGAGAGAAUGGGCUGGACGGUCAGCCUGGGAUGCCGGGUGACCCUGGGCGACAGGGACCCUUCGGGUAUAGGGGAGAAGGCGGUUCCAAAGGAGAAAAAGGGGACGAGGGCCUUAUUGGAGCCAAGGGCCAAAGAGGACAUAUUGGAGAACCGGGCGAGAAGAGCUCUAUUGGUUUACCAGGCCGUCCCGGUUAUGUUGGUCCACCAGGGCCUCAGGGAGUCAGAGGGGCCACAGGCUCCGAGGGAAACCCUGGACCUGAUGGGGAGGCUGGGUUUGAUGGGACUCCAGGGCCUCCUGGGACAGUGGGAGCCACUGGUUUCACAGGCCGUGUUGGCGCUCAGGGAGUUAACGGCUCACAGGGAGAGUUGGGGCCUGCUGGAGUCAUCGGCCCCAGAGGCCCCCAGGGACCCCAGGGUUUAAAUGGCGAGAGUGGGCCUCCAGGACUCAGGGGAAUCCAGGGACAGCCUGGGAUGAGUGGUGCCCUUGGUCCGAAAGGUGAUCCUGGGCCUAUGGGGACAAUGGGUAUCCGGGGUGAGCCAGGGUUCGAUGGGCCCAUGGGACCACUGGGAACACAAGGUCCAAAGGGUUUCCCUGGUAUUACUGGUAAGAGAGGACCAGACGGGGACAAAGGGGACCCUGGACCGAAGGGGGAGAGAUGUGUUCAGGGUGCUUCGGGCAUUCAAGGGCCCCAGGGAGAGAGUGGUCCUAGUGGCUUCCCUGGCUUUAUAGGGCUCAAAGGUCAACCUGGCACUAAAGGCAUUGGGGGGGAGAAUGGAGAAACUGGCCCUCAGGGAAAACUGGGCAGAGAUGGGCUGAAGGGGAAUAGGGGACCAGAUGGGCGCAACGGCCAGCCUGGACACAGAGGGACCAAGGGUCGCAUCGGACAGAGAGGGCAUGAUGGCCAGCCUGGUUCACUGGGUUUGCCAGGCCCACUUGGGACAGAGGGACCAGAAGGAAAGCCUGGUACACAGGGUCUCUCUGGUUCAGUGGGAAUAACUGGCGAUAAAGGCCUAAAGGGAUUCCAGGGCAUUGCCGGAGAGCCAGGUCCAGAUGGCCGUUCAGGCCCGCUGGGCCCACCUGGACGGACAGGACCAACAGGUAUCCCUGGGCCACUGGGAGAGAGGGGCUUCACUGGGAAGGAAGGUGUGGAGGGACCCCAGGGGCCAGUAGGCAUGUAUGGUUUCCCGGGUAGCAUGGGAAUGCGUGGCACAAAUGGUCACACCGGACAUAGGGGGGAGACUGGUGUAAGAGGCCUGCCUGGUCUUACUGGGAAGCCUGGACCUCCAGGUGUAUCAGGACCUCCUGGGGAUAGAGGCCCUCCAGGACCUCAGGGUCGGCUAGGGGAUCUGGGACCCACAGGGCUAGAGGGCCCACAGGGCCCCUCUGGUCUGCAGGGCUCAAAUGGAGCCACAGGGAAGCCGGGACCAAGGGGAAGCAGGGGGCCUCCGGGGCCACAAGGCUCUAACGGACCAGCAGGAAUCCUAGGAAUGACAGGUGCUGGUGGACUAAUUGGACCAGCGGGGGAAAGAGGAGAAAUGGGUAUGCUGGGACCUUCUGGUGAUCUAGGUCCUCCUGGACUGGAUGGCGAACAGGGCACUCCUGGCCAAUCGGGGUUGGAGGGGCAAACAGGAACGAAUGGGGAAAAGGGAGACCUAGGGCCUUGUGGGAAACUUGGUCCUCCAGGGCAGCCUGGAGUUCAAGGUCUACAAGGGCUCAAAGGGUUACAAGGCGCUCCUGGACCAAUGGGAAAAGAGGGUGAUGUUGGACCUCUUGGCGAUGCUGGUGGUCCAGGUUCCAAAGGGGAGAAGGGUGAUGUGGGGUCUCUGGGGCCCACAGGGUGGGAGGGUCCAUGGGGGACCUUGGGGGAAAAUGGGGAGAAGGGACCAAAAGGAGAGAAGGGCCACAUCGGACUUAUGAGUCAGUCAGGAUUCAUGGGAGAAAUAGGACCUGCAGGCUUGUCAGGGCUACAGGGUAUUAUGGGCCCUAGGGGGCCUCCAGGGUCAGAUGGACCUCAAGGAGAGAAGGGGGAGUCUGGGCCUAGCAGAGCCAUCGGACCUCAAGGCAAAACAGGACCUCCGGGGGUGGCUGGAGUUCAAGGAGUCAGAGGUGACACAGGGAAGCCAGGACCACAGGGUCCAGUAGGGAAGGUUGGGCCUGAGGGAGACUUGGGCCAUAAAGGUAAGCCAGGACUAGAUGGAGAGAAAGGGGAGCCAGGGGGACCAGGCGAGCCAGGAGAACAGGGGGUUGACGGUCUGCCAGGCAUCAGAGGGCCCCCAGCGCUUCUUGGUUUGGAGGGGCCACAGGGUGAGGUGGGAGCCCAGGGGCCUGAAGGUCCCCUAGGGGCAUUGGGUGUCAGGGGAAGCCCAGGACCUGAGGGAAAACAGGGGCUGAAAGGAGAGAAGGGAGAUGACGGCAGAGAUGGAUCACCUGGAAAGACAGGUUACAUCGGAAGGAGUGGGAAAAGAGGCAAGGCUGGAAUCAGGGGCACAAGAGGAGAGAGAGGACCAAAGGGAGAGAGGGGAAAUGUGGGAUUGAUUGGUGUUCCAGGAUGGGUGGGGUCUAUAGGAAUCCCAGGCUUGCGAGGAGACAGGGGGGAUCAGGGUGAAAAAGGGAGUGAGGGAGAAAAGGGGAACAUAGGGCCGCUCGGUCCGCCAGGGCGUGAUGGCCUCAAGGGUAGUCUGGGUCCUGUUGGGGUGCCAGGACAGGCGGGCCCAAAGGGAGAUCAGGGUAAUAUUGGACCGUCUGGGCCAAGAGGAACACCUGGGAUGCCAGGACUACCUGGUUUGUUUGGAGAGAAGGGUUUGAAAGGCUUUGAGGGAUUUCCUGGGCAACCUGGGACAAGGGGCCUGCCGGGGGCACCUGGACUCCCAGGACUUCCAGGUCCCUCAGUAAACAUGACCCUUACUCAACUCAAGGACCUUCAGUACCUGUCAGAUAAGCCCAACUACCCCCUGAUCCAGACCCUGCUGGACUCUCUGCACCAGGACCUGAGGCUGCUGGUAGACCCCCCUGAUGGCAGCAAGGAGCACCCUGCCACCACCUGCAUGGAGCUGUGGCUCUGCCACCCCGACUACGCCAGCGGGAUGUAUUACAUUGACCCCAACCAGGGCAGCCCCAACGAUGCUCUCCUAGUCUACUGCAACUUCUCUGGCACAGCCGCACAGACCUGCCUUCACCCCCGAGAUGCCCAGAUGACCAUGAAGGCCUGGCUAAAGGAUUCCGAGACAAACAGCUCGUUCCAAUGGCUCAGCAAGCAGGAACAAGGAUUUCAGUUCUAUUACCCAGGGGCCAAUGUGGUUCAGAUGCGUUUCCUGAGGUUGCAGAGUUGGAAAGCCGUGCAAAGGAUCAUCUACUCAUGCCACCCGGGACACAGGCUGGGCCACACAGACAGAGAGGUCAAGUUCCUGGCAGACACAAGGAGGCAGAGUUUCUUGGGAGCACUUAAAGACUGCAUGCCUGGAGAAGAGGUGGCUUCGCUGGAGCCGCGGGAGUCUGUGUUUGAGUUUGAGGACAUCAACCUGCUUCCUGUGAGAGAUGUGGCUGUCUUCGGGGGUGGAAACGUCACACAUGAAUUUGGCUUCACCAUCGGGCCCAUCUGUUUCAGCUAGAGAGGGAGAGAGGGGGCCCUUAUGCUCCUUUUCCACUUGCUUGGACUCACAGAGCCAGGAUAAGAGCCUGUGUUCAGGACCCCAAUACAACUAGAGAACAAGAGGACAAAGGGAAUCGCUCCACCAUUUUGUGAGGGCAUCACUCCUCUUUCCAUGUGAUAUUUUUGUUGGAGAACAUCGAUCAAUUCUCUUGUCGACUGGCUCCACAUAAAUUACUCUUUGAGAGGGCAUCAACUUCCACAGGCUCAAAUUCUUUCGGACAAUUGUAUUUUUGUUUACAGAGACAUUUGUUGUGUAAUGAAUAAUUUAUAUAAUGUUGUUUUUACUUUUAUAUGUAAUGGUUAUUUAGAAUAUUUUUCAAAAACAUUUUAGAACAGCAGUUUAUGAUGCUGUAAAGCCUUCCAUUAUAGCCAACAACUUAUUUUGUAUACAGAUAUUUGAUCACUCUUUUGUUACUGAUAAUUUUCCUGCACUGCCGGACAUGCAAACUUGUAGUGUAUUCAAUGUUAAAGGCUUCUAAAGUUUGUAAUUUCCAUUUGAAAAUGUCAGACUUUAUU